AUGGCUCGUUUCGCCGCCCUCCUGCCUCUUGCUUGUGCGCUGGGCGCCUUUGCCCAGAGUGUCGCAUACAAUGACCCCAACACUGGCAUCGAUUUCAUGUCCUACGAAGAUACAAAGUCGGGUGCACGCUUUGGUGUCGCUACGCCUGAGACUUUGGGUGCCGACUUCAUCGGCCAGAUCGUUGCCCCCACUACUGAAGGAUGGGCUGGUCUUGACAUGUCCGCCCAGAUGGCAAACCACAUCUUGGUCGUCGCGUGGCCAAACGGCGAUGAGGUCAUGUCAUCUAUUCGCGAGGCUACUGGUUACACCACUCCUCCAGUCUACACUGGCAACGCAACUAUAACUCCCAUCGCUAAUGGUACUUUCGUCAACAGUACUCACUUUGCUUACACCUUCCUCUGCAAUGGCUGUAUCACUGGUGAUUCAGAUAGCUUCCCCAACACUGUCGCAGGCAACGCUUUCGGAUGGGCUUACUCCAGCGACGCUCCAGCUAGCCCUUCUUCUGGAGAUACUGCUUUGAACAUGCAUUCUGGAUUCGGUGCUUUCGCAGUCAUCUUUGCUAAUUCUUCUUCUGCGAGCUACGAUACUUGGGCAUCGUGGGCAGAGGCUGCAGUUUCGGACCCUGCUCCUAGCGUUCCUGGAAAUGGCAGCACGGGUACAAACCCCACCGUGGGCAACAAUGGCACUUCUACCAUCCCUGUUGCUACUACCUUGAACACGACUUACGACUACAUUAUUGCUGGUGCUGGUCCCGCUGGUAUUAUUGUGGCUGAGAGACUCGCCGAGACUGGCGCUGAAGUUCUUCUCAUUGAACGUGGUGAUGCAUCUACAUAUGUGACGGGUGGUCGUGCUGUUGAGUCUUGGAACGAAACUGUCACUCAGUACGAUGUUCCCGCUAUGGCUUACUACCUCUCCACUGCCGGCGUCACCAAUGAGUACUGCACUGACACUGCUGAUCAAGCUGGAUGUCUCCUUGGAGGCAGCAGCAUGAUCAACGCUCUCAUGUUUGUCCGUCCUCAAAAGCGCGAUUUUAACGACAACUGGCCUGCCGGCUGGAAAUGGUCUGAUGUCGCCCCCUCAGCCGAAAGCUUCUACUCGAGAAACCCUGGCACUAUCUCUCCUUCCAAAGAUGGUCAACGCUACGAUCAAGGGGCUUACGAUGUACUAUCUACUUUCUUCUCCAGCAAUGGAUGGUCUUCCGUCAAUGCACUGGAAGAGCCCAAUAAGAAAAUUGAUGUCUUCUCGCACCCUCCCUGGAAUAUCCAAGAUGGACUGAGAGCUGGCCCUGUGUUGACAUAUCUUCCUCUCGCUAAGGCAAAGAAGAACUUCCACAUUCAACUCAACAGUACUGUGAUCCGUGCUGUCCGCGAAUCCUCUUUCAUCACUGGUGUCGAGAUCGAACUUGUGGAUGGGAGCCGUCAAAUCGUCAAUGUCAAGACUGGGGGUAAAGUCGUUCUUGCAGGUGGUGCCCUCAGCACUCCUCGUAUCCUCAUAAACUCUGGCAUUGGCCCUUCUGAUCAGAUUAAGAUUGUUCAGGGCGGAAGCGUUGGCGUCACCCUCCCUGAAGAAGCAGAGUGGAUUGACCUGCCCGUAGGUAAAGGCCUCAAAGACCAUCCCAUCGUGACUCUGAAAUUCAAGACCAAAUCUUCCCUGGCUUCUCUGAAUACUACAGCUUUCACCUCCCCCUCUCAGGCAAACGUCGAUCUCUUCGCCCAAGGAAACGGUCUUCUGGUUCAAGGUGGCCAACGUCUAAACUUCUGGUCCUCGGUGAACGGCUCAGAUGGCAUCGAGCGUUUUGUUCAAGGAACCUGCAACUCACCCUCCAAUGACACUAUCAAGAUGAAGAUAUACCUAACUCAUGGUCUUACAUCUACUGGCGAGAUUGGAGUUACCGCGGAUGGAAGAACAAAGUAUCUGCAGCAACCGUGGUUGAACACGCAAGAAGAUAAAGAUGCUUUGGCUUCCUUUAUCGAUCGACUCGUUUCUUUCACCAAGACUGCGAAUUCAACAUUGAGCUUGGAUGCUGGGCUCACCGCGUCUUCAAAUGUCACGGGAGCGGAGUUGAUCAAGACCUUUGUUACGGGAAGUCAUUUCGUGGGUACGGCGAAGAUGGGAGAAAAAGAUGGGAGGAAUGGCGGUGAUGCGGUUGUGGAUCUUGAUACAAAGGUGUAUGGUACUGAUAAUCUGUUUGUGGUUGACGCUUCAUUCCACCCCGAUCUACCUACAGGAAAUACACAGGCUAUUGUUAUGGUGGCUGCUGAAGCUGCGGCGAAGAAGGUGGCUGCUGUUGCUGUUGGAGCUUCUGGUAAUGGCACUACUCAUGCUGCUUCAUCGACUAUCGCGCCAUCUUCUGCCAUCACCUCUGCUAUCGCUACUUCUACCGGCAAGGUAUCGGCGACCAUUACAAACGCACCAAAUACCUCAGCAGCCAGCACGACAACAGCGACAUUCACCGGUACUACAGCCAUCACUUCUGUAGCCGUACCCAGCCCUGCAUACACCGAAGUACCCAGAUACGGCAGAUGUGGCGGUAUUGGAUAUGAUGGACCCACAAAAUGCGCAGAAGGAUCGAGUUGUAAAGUCCAGAAUGAUUGGUAUCAUCAAUGUGUUUGA